AUGCCCGUCGAAGCACUCACCAGCAAAGCUGACUUUGUCACCAAAAUCCUCAACUCCUCCGACCCUGUCGUUCUCGACUGCUUCGCCGAGUGGUGCGCUCCGUGCAAGGCCAUCGCGCCGCAAAUUGAGGAUUUCAGCACCGCCUACCCAGCCGCCAAGUUCUACACCAUCGACGUUGACAAGGUCGGUGACGUCGCGCAGGAACUGGGAGUUCGCGCCAUGCCCACCAUUAUGUUCUUCCAGGGCGGGGAAAAGAUUACCGAGGUGGUUGGCGCAAACGUGCCCGCCAUCGAAGCGCAGAUCAAGGCGCUGACGGGCGCUUAG